UGCCAUAGAAAUUCUUGUUAUAUCAUGUUAUUCUCCUGACAUCUAAAAAUAGAACAUGAAGGAAAUUUUACAGCUCAUUCAGUCAAACUGAUAGAUAAGGAUUAUUUGUAGUGCAACUUUAUGAUUUGAAAUGAUUUGUUUCUUUUUUUUCAGUUGAACUUUCCCAAACCGGAAGUGCAUCCCAUAAUCCAAAAUGCAGAUAAAAAGAUACUGUGGCAUUUGAGGUUUCAAUUUCAAAUUUAAUUUCAAUCAUUUGCAAGUGUCUGAAAUUACACUAAUAACGAGGUCCUUUAUUUGUAUAUAUAGGCCUAAUCUUCUAAAAAAAAAAAAAAAAAAACUAGAAAGAAAGUAGCCUAUCUAAUUAGUUCAUCUAGAAAGCAGCUAACACCUUAUAAACACCUUAAAGUAGAUUUAAAUGCAUUCUUAACAUUUUCCCUGGCUUUGAUGUGAUUAUUUGUGUUUUGCCUUCAAAUUUGGUUUUGCAACACUUUAUACCCUUUCCCCCCACGCAUCAAGCUCUACACUACAGUUCAGUAGGUGGCGGUAAUUCAUCUUAAGUUUCUUUGCCACCCGCCAAUAACAACACAUGAAGAACAACAACAACAACAACAACUCAAACUCUCUUGUUUAUGGAGCAUUUGAUCUGGUCCUCCAUACCACAUAGCAAUGAGCUGUGACAUUGUAAAUAAGGAGUUUAUUAAAGAGGAGAAUGACAAAAUGAGAAAUUCAGAAGCAUGCCGAGUGAAACAUGAAGAUUCUGAGGAGCAAAUAGACAUGAUGAGCAUGCAAGAGGGAAGUGAAGAAUUAAAUGAAAUGGAGAAGAAACACCAGUAUCAGGAACUUCAUGAUGCCAUAUCUGGGGGAAAACAAGGACAAAAAAUAUCUCAAAGAGCAGAAGCCAAAAAGUCUUUUACUUGCCCUCAAUGUGGAAAGAGCGUCUCACGUAAAGAAAGCCUCAAGGAUCACAUAAGAGUUCACACUGGAGAGAAACCUUUCACAUGCCUUCAAUGUGGAAAGAGUUUCAAAUAUAAAACAACCAUUCGGAUUCACACAAGACUUCACACUGGUGAGAAGCCAUUUACAUGCCCUCAGUGUGGCAAGAGUUUCACACAGAAAGGAGCCUUUAAGAUUCAUAUAAGAAUUCACACUGAAGAGAAGCCGUUCACAUGUGAUCAGUGUGGAAAGAGUUUUAAAUGGUCAAGAAGUCUUAAAGUUCAUAAGCUCAUUCACUCUGGAGAAAAGCCAUUUGAUUGUGAUCAGUGCGAUAAAAAGUUUGUUAAGGAAUCAGAUUUAAAGGGCCACAUGAAAGUUCACACAAAGGAGAAGCCUUACUUGUGUUCUAUUUGUGGUAAGGCGUUUUCAUGGUUGGGCCGUUUUAAAGACCAUCAGAAAAUACACGCUGGUCUAAAAGAGUAUUUGUGCUCCGAUUGUGGUAAAGCCUUUACUACAGCCACUGAGUUGAAAGUGCACAGAAGGAUCCACACAGGAGAAAGACCUUACAAAUGUUCAUAUUGUGAAAAGAGUUUCAAGCAGUUAGGAGGCCUGCAAGGACAUGAGAGAAUUCACACUGGAGAGAAGCCGUAUCAAUGCCAUCAAUGUGGAAAGAGAUUCGGCCAUUCCAGAACUGCACAGAUUCACAGAAAGAAGCACUGCCCAAAAUUAAAUGGAAUGUCAGUACAAUUGGAGAUACAAGACCAUAAGAGCAUUAUUAGCAGAUAUUAAUAAGUGCUGAAUUAUUGCCCUUGUUUUAUUUUUUCCUGUUAUUUGAUUCAAAAUGUGAAAAAAAUCCCAACAUACCAAACUGGAGCAUGCAGUCAUUUACUGAAUGAAAAUACAUGUGAUAAAGUUCCAAAUCUUCAUUUGUGAUUUUUCAUAGACUUGCAUUACUGUAAUUAUCUGGAUGUUUAUCGUUGUCCUGCUGAGUCACAUGUGUUUCUUAGAGUCCGCUGACCCGCUUAAGCAGCAGUGAAAUCAUUAAAGGCCCACUGAAGUGCCUUGAAACGUGCAGCGUUA